CCUACAGAGAAAAGGUAAGAGGGAGGAGGCAAGGAGGUAGGAGGGAUGGUCCUCCCGGAUGCAGGAGAGAGCGUCCAUAGUUUCAGUUCCAAGCAACUGGUGGCAACAAAUUAACGUUUAAGAUGUCUGGAACAGCGCGCCAUGACCGAGAGAUGGUGAUCCAGGCUAAGAAGAAGCUCACCACGGCUACUGACCCCAUUGAAAAACUCCGGCUGCAGUGUCUGGCCCGGGGCUCGGCAGGCAUCAAAGGACUCGGCAGAGUGUUUAAAAUCAUGGAUGACAAUAACAACCGGACCCUGGAUUUCAACGAAUUUAUCAAAGGCCUAAAUGACUAUGCUGUGGUCAUGGAACGGGAGGAGGCAGAGGAGCUGUUCCGGAGGUUUGAUAAAAAUGGAAGUGGAACAAUAGACUUUAAUGAAUUUCUUCUUACAUUAAGACCACCAAUGUCCAAAGCUAGGAAAGAAGUCAUUAUGCGAGCGUUUAGAAAGCUAGACAAGACAGGAGAUGGUGUCAUAACAAUUGAAGACCUCCGAGAAAUGUACAAUGCAAAGCAUCAUCCGAAGUACCAAAAUGGAGAGUGGACUGAGGAGCAGGUGUUCAGAAAAUUUCUGGACAACUUUGAUUCACCCUAUGACAAAGAUGGGUUGAUUUCAAAAGAAGACUUUCUGAACUAUUAUGCUGGUGUUAGUGCUUCUAUCGAUACUGAUGCCUAUUUCAUUUUAAUGAUGACAAAAUCUUGGAGAUUAUGACUAUUUAAUUUCUUGGAUAUCAUAGACUCUCUUAAAGGAGAAUGAGCAUGAAAGAAGUCCAUCGCUAGAGGCUUUAGUAAAGUGUAAACUUAGUUUCUGAAGACAUGAAAGCUUGAACAUAGCAGAUCUUCUUAGAUAUCUGACAAAUUCAUUUCCUUAAAUUUCUGAGGACGCAUUUUAAUUCAAAAAGAAAGGAAUAAUGGAAGAGAGGAAGAAAACCAUAAAAUCAGACUUAGAAGAUGGGGGAAAAAUAAUAUACUUCUUCUGAUGGUUUUUCCACUUAUAAGUGUAGGUGAACUUGUUCUAGCCAUGCUUUCAUUUUGUCUACUGUCUGGGGGAUGUAGCAGGGUAGAAAGUGAUAGUAAAAGAAUGGGAGGAACAUGUAACUGUGAAAAAUUUCUUGAGCUUACUUAUUUUAA